GACAGAGGCAAAAAAAAGAGUGCUUCACUGUGCACUGGUUGUAGAUUGACUUUGUGAGAGAGCAGAACUUGUUAAAAUGUGCAAAGGAUUAGCAGCUCUACCCCAGACAUGUCUGGAAAGAGCUAAGGAGAUCAAGAUUAAAUUGGGGACACUCCUUCAAAAACCUGAAAAUGCCAUUGACCUUAUUAUCCCUUACCCAGAAAAGCCUGAGAAGAAGCCAGAGAAGUUUCAGAAACCAUCACCAGAAGAAGCACUGCAGUGGCGUGAAUCCCUGGAUAAAGUGUUUCUCAACAACUAUGGGCUAGCCACUUUCAGAAGCUUCCUGAGGUCUGAGUUCAGUGAGGAGAACAUUGAGUUCUGGAUGGCCUGUGAGGACUACAAAAAGACCAAGUCUCCAGUGAAACUGGCCUCCAAGGCUAGAAAGAUCUAUGAGGAGUUUAUUCAGAAAGACGCUCCGAAAGAGGUGAACAUUGAUCAUUUCACCAAAGAUGUGACCAUCAGAAACCUUGUGGAGCCAUCACAGACCAGUUUUGAACUGGCCCAGAAGAUGAUCCAUGCCCUUAUGGAGAAGGACUCAUUUGGCAGAUUUUUGCAGUCAGAGCAAUAUCAGGAACUGAUAUAGCAAUGUUGUUGGGCUGUGUAAAGCAUAUCAUCUUCUAAAUCUCAGUAAACAUUUCUUAACAUCUCUUACUUCAUACAAAUUCCAUUAUAAUGAAUUGUAACACUUUGGUUUACAGGUUGUUUAUCCAACUGUUUAAAAACCACUGUUUAAUAUCUUUGGAGGAUUUUUUCCCCUGGUUUGAAUAACACAAAUAGUUUUAUUAAUACUAAUUCACAAAAUGAAAUAAUGUACACAACAAGCCUAAUCUUAAAACAGGAAUAACUAAAUGGUGGCCUAGGUAGAGAAGAUGUAGCAUUUCAGUGGUCUGACAGCUGAAGUGUACAGCUGUCUCCAAAAGUUAUCAUCACCUAAAAUCUUUGAGAUUGAGACAUAAUUAAAAAAAAAAAAAAAAAAAAGAGCUUAAUUUAGACCUUUUAUUUAACAUCAUGUAAUCAAGAAACUACAAAAUGAUAUCACAAAAGUGCACCGGAAUCCAUAAUAAUAGUACGGUAUUUCAUGUUAGAUUUACAAAUGCCAUUUUUUUUUUGUAAAGUACAGAGUGAUUAAAAAGUAAAUUUACCACAUCAACGCACCAUAUCACUGGCCAUAGCUGUAGAUGCUUCUAGCAUGACAAAACUGAUCGUCUUGUUAUAAUGACACUUUCAGUCCCAGUAGAAAUCUGUAUGUGUUUAUAUACUGGUAUAUAAAAAACACACAAUUCAAUUGGGAUACGCAAGGAGCUAUGGAUAGAUAAUCUUAAUCUACAACCCGCGUCGGUUUUUUACAGCCUUUUCCAACUUGCUUCAAGAUGGCUUUGCACAGCCCACGGAAUAUUGCAAAUGAGCUGUUAAGCAAACAGUACAUUGCUGUUAACCUUGGCCUUCCCUGUAAUACGUUUUGUCAGUGUCCCUUAGGUACUGUAGUAGUUAUACUAAGUAAUGUGUAUAAAGCAUAAUAUGUGUAUACCAUCAAAAAUAUAGAUUUUCCUGUUUUUCAAAAA